CUCCCUGCAUCCUCUCCUGACGGCCCCGGGUUACUGAUCCUGCCCGGGUGAGGAGCUGAGGACUGAAGUGGGACGGGCAAAGAGAGGGGAAACUAUGGCCCCGUCCCGUCCUCCACUUUUAAUGAGCGCUCCGAUCAUGCAGGAGUAAGAGUACCAGGUGGAGAAGCUCAGCGUUUCCACACACGCCCGCUGCAGGGAAAGAGGUGAGGUUUCAAGGGGGAGUACAUUACGCACGGAAUUACCAGUUUUAUUUGUGUCGCCUGGAGGAUUAUUUGACUUUCGCAGGUUGGGAGAUUGUACACGGACACCGGCUGACCGGCUCAACCAGCGCACCAACCAUCAUGAUGAGAGCAUCACUACUUGCCCUCUGCCUCGCAGUGCUCCUCCUGUCCUGCGCUUGCUGGGCUAAGCCGAACGGAUCAAAGAACAAGAAACCAAAGCAAGUUGUUCCAGAGAUAGAGUGUGAUGUCAGAGCGGGAAAGAUCAACCUCCCAGAGUUCAUAGCCAAAUGUCCUGCGCAGUGUAAAGAGACAAAGCAGCAAGUCUAUGGGACGGGGGUGUUUGCCUCCAUCUCCAGCAUCUGCAAUGCAGCCAUUCACAACGGCGUCAUCACCAACUCAGGAGGAAAGGUGAUCGUGAGGAAGAUGGCCGGCCAGAACAUUUACAAAGGCAGCAACUCCAACGGGGUGCGCUCUCUGUCUCUACCAAAGUGGAGGGAGUCGUUUGUUGUCUCAGUGGGGAAACCGAAGAAGGGAGUCAUCUACCCCUCAACUCUGGACUAUGUCCCUUCAAGACCAACCUACGUGAAGACAAGUCAGAAGGAGGCCAAAUCCCCUGUGACCGCCACGCCGCUGACAACCACACCUGAACCCGCCACGACUACAACACCUGAACCCACUACCACCACCACCACACAGGCUCCAACCACCACCACCACAACACCUCCGCCACCACCCACCACUACCAAAGCUCGAGCUGCUGUGCACAAAGUCAGGGAUGCAGGCAGCAGUCACCCGUACCUUGCCUCUGUGGCAGCGGCAAGUUCAAGGAAGACACAAUUCAGUCAAGGACAGAGUCCCGGCCAAGUAUUCAGAGGAGGUGUCUAUCCGAAUAGAUUUCUACAGCGUACCAGUGCAGGUCUGCGCAGACCAGAGGCAGGGUCAGCUAUCAGGAGGCCGCAAUCUUCUCCAGUCGGCCCAGCUUUUAACAGGGUUCAGCCAGCCCAACCCGAGCGGACUCCAACCAUCAGCCAGUCAAACCCCGCUUUUCCCAGAAGGGAUUGGGCGGACACCUCCCUGCCUCGUCCCGAUUGGUUCCCUGGAGCUCGACGUCCAUCAGAUGUUAGCUUUACAGCUCCAGACUCAGGAUACACAUGGAGCGAGACUGACAGACCUGAGACCGGCGCUCGGGAUCACAGGCCUGAUAUCUCAGAGUAUGAGCGCUGGUAUUAUAACUUUGGACCGCACCCUCCACGAUCCACUGACUCAGAUGUCAACCAUAAGACGCCAGUGGAUGCAACCCAUACUCGAGUGGAGCCAGUGGAUGCCUGGAAACCAGAAGCAAACAUUUAUGAAUCAGGAUUCGGCACAAGGGAGCAAGAACCUGCACCAAGAGCCCCUGAGCCUGCGUCACAGGGAGACCCAAACUGUAAGGUGGACCUGGUCUUCCUGAUGGACGGCAGCUGGAGCAUCGGGAAGCGGCGUUUCAAGAUCCAGAAGGACUUCCUGGCUGAGGUGGCUCAGACCAUCAACGUGGGCGUAAAUGGACCCAUGAUGGGCCUCAUCCAAUACGGAGACGACCCCGUGACGGAGAUCAGUCUGAAGUCUCACUCCAACUCCAGAGAGCUGAGGUCGGCCGUAGAUAAGAUUGUGCAGAAAGGAGGCCUCUCAAAUGUGGGAAAGGCCCUCUCCUUCAUCAACAAGCAGUACUUCAGUGAUGUCAAUGGAAACCGUGGAGGGGCCCCCAACGUGGCCGUGGUGCUGGUGGACGGCUGGCCCACGGACAAGGUGGAGGAGGCCUCUCGUUCCGCCCGGGAGUCGGGCAUCAACAUAUUCUUUGUCACCAUUGAGGGUGCCGACGACAAUGAGAGGCAAAACCUGGUGGAGGCCAACUUCGUUGACAAGGCCGUGUGUCGGACAAACGGCUUCUACUCCCUGCCUGUGACCAGCUGGUUCGCCCUGAGGAAGGCCGUGCAGCCCCUGGUGAAGAGAGUGUGUGACACGGACCGCCUGAUGUGCAGCAAGACCUGCCUCAACGCCAACGACAUCGCCUUUGUCAUAGACGGCUCCAGCAGCGUGGGAACAGGCAACUUCCGCACGGUGCUGCAGUUCGUGGCCAACGUCACGCGGGAGUUUGAGAUCUCCGACACGGACACGCGGGUCGGGGCCGUGCAGUACACCUACGAGCAGAGGCUGGAGUUCGCCUUCGGCCAGUACAACAACAAGGGCGAGCUGCUGAACGCCAUUAAACGCAUCAACUACUGGAGCGGUGGGACCAGCACCGGUGCCGCCAUCACCUACGCCGCAGAGCAGCUCUUCAGCAAAUCCAAACCCAACAAGCGCAAGAUCAUGAUCGUCAUUACAGAUGGCCGCUCCUAUGAUGACGUCAGGGCGCCUGCACUGGCUGUCCAACGCCAAGGAGUGAUCGCCUACUCCAUCGGCAUCGCCUGGGCCGCCCAGGACGAGCUGGAGUACAUCGCCACGGACCCCGACAAGGAUCACUCCUUCUUCGUGGACGAGUUCGACAACCUCUACAAGUUUGUGUCCAAGAUCAUAAACAACAUCUGCCAGGAGUUCAACUCACAGCCCAGAAACUGAGGACGGACGGACGGACAGACGGGCGGGUGUUAAGAGGGACGUCCCGAUCAUGGCUCUGACAGGACGCUGAUUGUAAAUUGACUCACUCUGUUGCCCAGAUGGUGGAGCUGGAUUGGCUGCAGCUCCCCCACGUUUGCACGGGGAGGGGAUUAGGUUUCGAAUUUAGGUGAGGAUUGUGUGUUUUGGUCGAAAAACAAAUCUUAAAGUGAAUCAGCAUUUUGUCCCAAGCGGUGCUAAAAGUUAAGACACAGUGACAUCUCAUGUGGUCCCAGUCGUUCUCUCUCGGUGCCUUUAAGGAACAGGAUUCCUGAGCGUUUAAAAUUGACUGUACCACUCUUUAACGACACACCUUUUAUAGUUGGUUUGUAAGUUCCUCUGUUGACAAACGAUAUAUAUUCAAUAAUAAUGUCCUUACGAACAACUUACAGACCCCUCAUAACGGGUGCCGUAUAAAGAAGUGGUACCAGACUGACUAACAGAACAUGGUACAUGGUGCUUGCAGAGAGAUGUAGACUUUAAAGCAUGCCUAGCACUUCCUCUUCUGGCUUAUCAAACUUCAUAAACUUAAUAAUACGGUGCUUUUUAUACACUUCUCUGUCAAGAGGAUAUUCUUUCUUAGAAAUGGUGCAUUCUGAUCUUCCUAAGGGGAGAGACUUGUUAGUAGGGACAUUGUUAAAGUUCCUCUGUACGACAGCGGUGCUGAUAUACGAGUGGCAGGUGAGAACAAGGCUCUUGUGAAUUCGGCAACAUGGAGCGAGGAAGUGGACCCGUGUGGGGGGUGAGGGGAGAGGAGCUUGUCUAUCUUUGUGCAGAGCGACGGCAGAUUGAGCGCCAUCCGUCCCGUCGCUCUUUGUUUUCUAAUCGUGUGGCUGCUUUUAACAUCGCAGGCGUUUCUCUUUUGUUUGAGGAGUAUUUAUGAUUUGUCUCUGUCGUGUCCUGUUUGUACAUAUGCAUAUUACAAAUCUUUCGCUAUUAAUGUUCAGAUAAUUGAUCAAUGUUUUUUUUUGCAAUUUUUAAUAAAAUAAAGAAAAUGAACAGAAAUUAAA